AUGGACCUUCUUCACGAGCUUGAGUCCAUGGCUGUGACCCAACUGGAUAACACUGAACCAGAAUACGAUGACAUCAAGAGGUGGCAGUCCCUCUUCGGCUAUACAUACACUGAUGCCGCACAGAAGAUCCAGGAUCAUCGAUCCAACUUUGCACGAGUCCAAGUCUCUGAACUCCACUGGGACAUGGUUCGCGCAGAGAAGGAAUCUCAGGGCUACGACAAGGAGUCUUACGAGUAUUCUUGCGGCCUUCCGCAAACUCAGACAUCGCACGUCGAGCAAAGUACUCAGACCAUGAGGAAGAAGAAGAAGUCCAGCAUCUACCUCCUUAAGCUAGCGGGUCCUUUCUCUAGCCCUGAGGAUGUUCAAAUGAUCUGCGGUGCUUCUUCCAUGCUGCCCUCGAGUUUCAGCGGCACAGACGACGACGGCGCUGCGGCCUCCUUUUGCAAGGUUGACGAAGCAACCAAGAAGAUCCUCCUCAGUCACCUUUCCGACAUCGAGUCAACCUUUCAACCCACACUCAUCCGCUACGCAAAGGCGGACAAGAACCUCUCCACGACAUCGAUUCAUCCAACCCUUGGAUCUGAGGCCACCUUGCCCCAUCACCGCCUAAAUUCUGAGUCCCAGAUCGAGUCAGACCAACGACUACUCCCGACCCAGGACCAGUACCCAGUCUGGUACUUCUUCUACGGUACCCUUGCGGACCCUACUGUUCUAAACAAUCUUCUCGGCAUUGAGCCAGUUUAUCGAGCUGCAAAGGUUCGCGGUGGCCGUCUUGCAACCUGGGGCGGAAAGUACAAAGCUUUAGUGAAUGCGUCAGACUACGAGAAGAGCUGUGUAGAUGGACACGCUUUUCUUGUUACGAACAAAGAUCAGGAGGAUGCACUGCAGUUAUACGAGACUGACAACUACGAGGUGGUCCGGUGCGUGAUUGAACUGGGAGGGGAGAGGAAUGAAGAGGUCAGAGGCCUUACAUUCCGAUUCAUCGGUGAAACGGAGGCGUGA